AUGAAGGGGCAGGCUGGCAUGGGUGACACUGUGGUGGGUGUUUAUUACAGACCACCUGAUCGGGAGGAGGAAGCUGAUGAGGCCUUCUACAGGUGGCUUACAGCAGCCUCACAAUCACAGGCCCUGGAUCUCAUGGGGGACUUUAACUCCCCAGAUAUUUGCUGGAAGGCCUCCUCAGGCAGCCAUCCACAGUCCAGGAGGUUCCUCCAGUGCCAUGAUGAUAACUUCAUGAUGCAAAUGGUGGAGGAACCAACUGGGAGAGGAACGUUACUGGACCUGAUCUUCACCAACAAGGAGGGACUGGUUGAAGCGGUGAAGGGCGUGAGUGAGGAGAGUUCGGUUGAGGAGCUGUUGGAUUUGGGGGACCUCAAACUCGACUCCGGUCCUGAUGAUAAGGUGGUGAUGGAGUCUGAGGAGAAGGUCUCUUACUCUGGGCUGGGGGCUCACACGCUGCAGGAAAUGAUUGGCUGUGACCUGCUGGAGGAUGGCAGCAUCAGAGGGUACUAUCAGAGUGCCUAUGAUGGGAAGGACUUCAUUGCCUUGGACAAGGACUCCAUGAGCUUCAGCGCGGCAGACGCGGCAGCUGUGGUCACCAAGAGGAAGUGGGAGGAGGAUGGGACAGUGGCUGAGGAGAUGAAGCACUACCUGGAGAACACCUGCAUGGAGUGGCUGAGGAGAUACCUGAGCUAUGGGCAGGCUGAGCUGGAGAGGAAAGAGCCUCCCACGGUUCGAGUGAUCAGGAAGGAGACCCAGGGGACCCUGACCUUGUCCUGCCGCGUUUAUGGCUUCUACCCGCGGCCCAUCGCCGUCAGCUGGCUGAAGGGCACCGAGGUGCGGGACCAGGACACCCAGCGGGGCAGCAUCGCCCCCAACAGCGACGGCACCUUCUUCACCUGGGCCUCCAUCGAGGUCCUGCCGCAGGAGCGGGACCUCUACCGCUGCCGAGUGGAGCACUCCAGCCUGCCCCAGCCCGGCCUCUAUUCCUGGGAGCCGCAGGCGCCGCCGCUGUCCAUGGUGCUGGCGGUGGUCGCGGCGAUGUUCGCCGCCUUGGCUGUCGUCGGGAUCGGGAUCGGCGUCUGGAAGCGGAGAUCAGGGCAGCAGCUGAAGGGCUACAACCUGACCGCACCGGGUGAGUAGCUGCCGCUGCCUGAGCACUGCCACAAGGACCAGCCUCGCCCUGCCUCCAGCAGCUUCUCCCAGGUCCCACCACACCUCCACCAC